AACAUCGCCUGUAGAAGUGGCUUUGUACAGAUACAGUGAUAGAGAUUUGAUAUAUCGAUCAGCUGAGCUCCAGGAAUGAUUGCUGUUGACAUUAUCAACUGUUUUUUUUUUUUUUUUUAGUGAAACUAGGUGUGUCUUUCAGAUUUGAAUCGAAUACUUUCAAGCACAGUCUUAUGUGAACCUUAACAGAUGGAUCCUGGGUUAUGUGCUCCAAAAGUAAUCUUUUGAUAGACAGGCCACCUUGUUUGACAUGUCAGUGUGACGUCAAAUCCUCACAAGAUCUGCAGAGAUAUGCAACAUGACUGGAAACCAGCUGAACGUUGGCCUUUCUGUAGGCUGACAGGUGAUACAGAUGAUCUGAUGAAGGAAGACUUGGGAUUGUUUCUCGAUUAAUGCACUUUUAUGAGAUGCUGGUGUGACGAUAACUGAGGAAACAUGUAUGUUUUUAGACUGGGUCUUUUUCUUCUGAUCAUCACGGUGGCCUCCGGUCAGGUGCUGCUACAGCCUCUGAAUGCAGCGGUGCUCCGUGGUUCGAAGGCUCAGUUCAACUGCAGCACAAAUCAGCCCAUAUCCGUCAUGACCUGGAUGGUCAACGGACGCUUGGUUAUCACCAUUUCUGAUUCUGGGGUGUUAAAGAGCACAGAUCGUGUUUCUGCCACAAACUUCACCACGCCUGGAGAUUACAGAUGGGAGUUUUCAAUUAGCAACGUGCAGAGAGACGAUGCGGGUGAAGUCACCUGUCAGGUUUUGGGUGGAGCGGCUAGCAAGGCCACACUGUCUGUACAAGAACGUGGCAGCGUGGGGAUCGUAGGUGGAAAUCAGACCAAAACGGAAGGCGCUCAGUCGGCGUUCCAGUGUCAGGCCGUGGGAUGGUUUCCUGAACCCAACGUGUCCUGGUCUGUUAAUGGAGUGGCAAAUUCCUGCAACACAAGCUCUGUAACACAGGGAAACCUGUUUAACUCCAGCUGUACACUGUUAGUCACUGCCGUCAAAAACUCUUCUGUUCAGUGUCUGGUCAAGAUACCAGCCCUGAGCACAUCGGACAGCAGCACAGUCUUCCUGACCGUUGUAAAGCUUGCUAAAAUAGACCAGACGGUGUUGAUCGCUGUCACUGUGGCCUUCAGUGCUGCGGCUCUGUUGUUUCUAAUCAUCUACGGAAUUUUUUUCUUCUGCAAAAGGAGGAAGAAAAAGUCAAGCUAUCAGGAGGAGCUCAGGAGGGCACAAAUCCAGUCCCAGAAUAGGACGCCUGCCACAGAAAAUGUGCGAGGACGGGACAACCGAGGAUAUAGAGACCGGCAUGAUGGACACACCAAUGAUAGAGUCUGGUACACAAACCAGUCUAACAAACAUCAGAUGCCUGGUGACUUUUUUGAUGAUGGUCACAGGAACCACAGCCACAUGACCAUGCUCUAGAGACUAAAUCUGUCUAGAUGUUGGACUCCACAGACCCCAGGUGUUCUGGCUCUCUUCUUCUCUCUUGUACAUAAAUCAUUUUAGGAUUAAAUACAGAAAAAAGAGAACCUAAAGGAUUUCAUAUCAGCACUUAUGGUGAUCUGUUUCACCUCAACUGGAUCAUUUAUUGGAACACAGAAGGAUUUUCUUGGUGGUCUCACUUUUGGACCCCACUAAACAUUGUGGAUAAUCACCAUCAGAGCAUGUUUUGGGGCUUUAACAGAUAAAAUGGUCGGAAUGAGGGGGGUCAAGGAGUUGGUUAAGAUCUGCCGGAAAUCACUUGUUUACAUAAACCAAUAUGACAGAAGUGAUGACUCAUUUUAAAGUCCUUGCAUGUCCAUAACACAUUCAUCAGAUGCUUGCAUUUCCACAGGAGGUUUGUUUAAAUCAACAUUUUCCUGUUUUCUCCAGAAUCAUAAGAUCAUCAGCAUAUUGCACCACACAUCCCGUGAGAGUUUUGCUUCCUGGUUUUAUAGCUACUUACAAUUAAAAGCAAAGAUUUUACAUCAGAAGUGUUUAGAGAAGAUCAUCUUGUGUGACGCAUCAUGCUUCACAGAGCAUGAUGCUAUUAAACAAUUCAUCUAAACCACUGAUUUUUACUUCCCCAGAGGGAAACUACUUAAACUCCAAAAUGGCAUAAUAGAAUGAAGUGUCAUGAAAUGGACUGGAACUAUGUGAUCCUUAUUAAUACAUAAAUCAGUCACUUGACCUUGUGUGUUUCAUGCAUUUUAAGGGCACUUUAAUCCAUAAAAUGGAAAAGAAUUUUGAACAAAUGUUUUUAAAACUAUGUAUUAAUGUAUAGCAAAAUAGAUGUU